GACCUUUUUCUCCUCCCUUCGUUGCUCGUGAGAUAGCUCCUCGCAUGUGCUCUCGCACCACGCGUAGCUUCUUGGAUCUACGUAAUAAGUUACUUAUAAGGUAAGUACUUGUUAAGAUUCAAUUCGGCGAGAUGGGAAAUUGUCGAUCUCGCAGUCAUUUCUACCACAGUGCUCCAGCCAGUAGCUGCCCACCCAACAAACUGGAGGCCCCCACGGUUCCGGCCAAGCCUUCUCUGGCCACAGACAAACGUAAUCCCGCUAGGCUCCAGUCAUUAAUACCUAUUUAAACUACUCGAGGCUCCUCCAAACCCGUUCUUUAAACAACUACUCGAGCCUCCUCUAAGCUUUCACCCAAUCGCGCCGCUCCUUUACCGUCACAUUUCUCUACUCAUAGCCCAAGGCAAAAUGCCAGCCAACCUCAUCAUCCCGCGCUGCGAGCAGAAUCCUGUACACCCCAACCACCCUCCUCCGCAGGACAAACCUCUCAGAAUCCAGAUACUUGGGCUGAACAAAAUCAUCGACCAACUGUUCGGCGACGGCGCAAAAAUGCCAUCCGAGGACCGCCCUAUAACGUCCACCACUCUCGAUUUCGACGAAGUAGGACUGCGAUUUGCCAAGAUGGCAUUCAAGCAGCUCUACGGCCGCGACGUGGACCCAAACACCCCGUCCGACUUCGUCCCGCGAUACCAGUACAAUACGUUCCACGGAAAAGUCGGCGAAUGCCAGCCGUGGGAACAUGUGAUCGACGGGUAUGGCAUCACCUUCGAUCACCUCGUGAGUCCUGCGGACGAUGAUGAUCCCGAGACACUCAUGAUAAACGUUUGCGACCCUUCUGAUCCCAAAGCUGCCCCAUACAUCCGGUUGGAUCUUGGUCAGUACAAUGCCGGUCCGGAGUCGUUUGUGCUGCUUGUUCCACGAUGCUGUCAGUUGAGACGUGGAACCACUGAUCGCAGGGGGAUCAAUGGCCAGGUGAGGGAAGCAAGAGAGCAUCUACGUCUGCAAUCAAGCGGAGAAGCGGCCACGGGAACGGAGUAAGCGUUUGUGUUUAGUAACUUGGUCUGGUGAAUACACUGCCGUCUUUGGUCUAUUAUCUAGUGUACAUGUCGCCCUAGCUCAGCUGCCUCCUCGCAACUAUAGUAUCUCCAUAGCUAUCAAAUUGCCCAAGAUGUGAAGGGUUUCCACUUUUCCACAGAGGCUGCGAAGCAUUAUUCCUGUGUAUAGCGGUUACCGCGACAAGGCCUGGACAGCGAACUAUGGCGCCCACUAGCUUUACGACCAACUCUCCUACCCUCGUGUGCGCUCCUUUUAGCAUACGUCGUGCGAUCCGUAACCUGCGACUACGGCUUACGAUUACGGCCUCGUUGAUUUCCAUGUCUACCGGAGGAAUAGGGGGGAAAGGCACGGGUGAGGGUGUGAUAAGGGGAUAUGCUUAGAAUAGGUUUAAUUCAACUAAUAAUUCU